AUGGAUCAAGAUGCUGUGGCGGCGACGAUGACAAUGCAGUUGGAUCCAGACACGAGCCUGCGUCUCUUGCGCCGGCUGAAUGUCGUGGGUGUCGUGGUGCUGGUGGUGCUGUUGCUGCAAUUGAUGGCGACGCUGUAUAACCUCAGAACGACCACGAACGAAUCCGUCCGGCUGCAAAAUCAACACCAGGUGCUUCUCAGUUUUAACUCAUGGACAAGAUGA